GACUUUGUAUAUAUCUAUCUUCAAUCAAGACCUCUCUUCUCACAUUUUUUCUGGUCAUUCUCUCAUAUAACCCAUCUUUUAAGAGCACAAAAAAUUUGGUGAAGAUGAACUUCUCCAAUGGUGUGCAAAAUAAGGUUAUUUUUGUGAUGGGGUCAACUGGCACAGGAAAGACCAAACUUUCCGUCAGUCUGGCUACUCAUUUCCCAGCACAGAUUAUCAAUGCUGACAAAAUCCAAGUUUACAAGGGCCUUGAUAUCAUCACCAACAAAAUCUCAGACGAUGAAACUCUUGGUGUGCCUCAUCAUUUGCUUGGUUUUGUAGACCCAGAUGAAGAUUUCACAGCUGAAGAAUUUUGUCAGCAUACUUUGCUUGCCAUUGCUCGUAUUAUUCAAAAGGGUUGUGUCCCAAUUAUUGUGGGUGGUUCAAACAACUACAUCAAAGCUCUCGUAGAGGACCCAACUAUACAAUUUAGGCAAAAAUUUGAUUGCUGUUUUCUUUGGAUGGAUGUUUCAUUGCCUGUUUUGUAUGAGUAUGUGGGCAAACGGGUUGAUAAGAUGGUUGAAUUAGGGUUAGUGGAAGAAGUUAGAGAAAUGUUUCACCCUAAGGCAGAUUACACUCGAGGGGUUCGACGAGCCAUUGGGGCUCCAGAGAUGCACAAAUACUUGGAAAUUGAGGGCCAUGAGAUGAUUGAUGAAGCCGCUAAAAAAAUGCUACUCGAUGCUGCCAUUAAAGAGAUAAAAGAAAACACUUGCAAAUUGGUGAAUAACCAGCUUGAGAAGAUUCAAAGGCUUAGAGAUGAGCUUGGAUGGGAGAUUCAUCGGAUUGACGCCACUAAUGUGCUUAAGCACAGUGGGAAAGAAGCAGAAGAAGCUUGGGAGAUUGCAGUGAUGAAACCUAGCUUGGAGAUAGUUGGUGAAUUUUUUAAAGAGAAGGGUCUCGUUGUGUCUUCUACUUUUAAGCCUUGUUCUCCAGCUGGUGAGGGAAUUGGUGAUGACGCCGAAAAAUCAAUCUCUUCUAUGGUGUAGUGAAUAUCAUAUUGUUCUCAUAAUAUCAUAUGUUAUUAAGGCAUGCAUCUUAUCUUAUUAAUAAGUCAUGAGGUUCUGUAAAACUCGUGCAAUAACCCGCUAAGAUGGUUGUUCAUAAAUUUGAAAUGAUCAUUUUUCAUGAACAAUUGUUGUUCAUUAACUUC